CCAGCUGCUAGCAGAGAUUACCCUGAGUGUUUUAACGGGGAAUAUUUACAGCCUAAUAGUUCGGAAGAGAUGAUUGCACUAAUUUUCUUUUCUGCCCUGCUGUGGGACAAGGCUCAGGCGUGGGGAUUCAAGGACGGAGUGCUGCAUAACUCUAUUUGGUUAGAACGAGCAGCUGGAGUGUAUCACAGGGAGUCACGCUCUGGGAAGUACCAGCUCACCUACGCAGAAGCAAAAGCAGUCUGUGAAUACGAGGGAGGACAUCUAGCCACGUAUCAGCAGCUGGAGGCGGCGAGAAAAAUAGGUUUCCACGUGUGUGCUGCUGGCUGGAUGGCGAAGGGCAGAGUUGGUUAUCCCAUAGUAAAAGCUGGAGCCAACUGUGGCUUUGGAAAAACCGGUAUUGUCGAUUACGGGAUUCGCCUCAACAGAAGCGAGAGAUGGGAUGCCUACUGCUACAACCCUAACGCAAAAGAAUGUGGUGGAGUCUUCACAGAUUCAAAACAUGUUUUUAAGUCACCAGGCUACCCAAAUGAGUACGAAAAUGACCAAAUUUGCUACUGGCAUAUUAGAGUGAAGUAUGGACAACGUAUUCAUCUACAGUUUCUAGAGUUUGAUGUGGAAGAUGACAUUGCUUGUAUGGCUGAUUUCUUGGAAGUCUAUGAUAGCUAUGAUGAUAUCAAUGGCUUCGUGGGCAGGUUUUGUGGAGAUGAGUUGCCAGAUGAUAUCAUUAGCACAGGCAAUGUUAUGACCUUGAAGUUUUUGUCAGAUGCCUCAGUGACUGCUGGUGGUUUUCAAAUUAGAUAUAUUACUAUAGACAUGCCUUCAAAGUCAAGCGAUGGAAAGAAUAUCACAUCCCAAGGAAAACCAAACUUUUUAUCUGGAAAAUUUGGUAUUAUGUGAGCAGAGUAACGAGAUGCACUCA